AUGCCCGGCCCGAAGAAAGGAAAGCAUGUGAGAGAUGGCGGUGUUGCCGCGGCGGUUGCGAAGCAGUUGGCCAGCAACAAGUCGAUGAACGGUCCUGCUUCUAGCAAGAGCUCUUCAUCCAAUAAUUCGUCUCCUCUCGUGCAGUCGCCCGCCGUCAAGCCGACCGUCGUGCCUACCUCUAAUAAUGCCAGCCUCAUCACGACAGCCCCAUCUCCAUCUCUAGAUGCUCUGUCUACAACCUCCGUUUCAGCUAGCACUGCACCUAGCACCGACUGGAUGCGUGGAGCUUUUUCUGGCUCCCCCGGAAAUCUCGUCGGCCUAAUGGGAGAAUCACCACCGACACAACCGUCGUCCUACGAGGACUCGACUCGCCUUCACUCCAACUGGGCCUCGCCACGGGCGUAUAUGAGUCCACAACCCGCGCCGUCUCCGUCUCCGUCUGUUCGGAGUGGUUCACGAAGGCCCCUCAGCAUGCAGUUCGACGGACCUGCCGAUAUGCGUGGCCACCCGACGGCGCCCUCCUACCGCCGUAGCUCCGUUUCAUCUCAAUUUUCCCACGCUCGUGUGCCUUCCCUGCCCCCGCUCCCCCAUCAAGCCCAGCCGCACUUCUAUGGAGUGCCUGAUCUAGAUCUUGAUAUUGCGUCGAAUAGUGGCCUCAAGGCUGGUGAGAGAGGCUACCAUUUUGCUUUCGAUACUUUGCCCCACCGAUAUCCUGACCCGACGCCCGGUUCCGAUAGUGUCAUUGUUGCUGGGUAUGAGGGUGGUCUGGAAGUGUACGCUGUGUCGAAGAGAGGCCUGGAUCCGGUCGCAAGUCUGAAGGGAUUGCGAGGUGGGGUGUACAAUGCAAAGAUCUUGCCUUGGAUAUCCUCCGCCGACACCGACGCCGAUGAACCCGAUGUGUACCCUCUCGUUGCUGUCGUCGUCCAUGGGCCAGUUCUGCCAACAGCUUCCGCUGAGCAAGACGCACAGAGUGCACCCAUGGCCGGCAUUGGUGGCGCCAGGUCUAGCACCCCUGGAAGCCCUCGAGUAGAUGCCGCUGUUGUGCGAGGGCCGAAUCAACUCAUCGAAUACUAUCAGACGUCCGUGGAGGUCUAUUCGCUGAGAACAAGCCGGCGUGUGGAUGUACUUCUCCAGGCCUCUCAGGUGCCUAUCGAGUCAUCCGUGGCCAUCACGAGUCACAUGUUCUCACCUCCUCCGCCCACGGGUAAUUUUCAUAUCCGAGCCGAUGCCAAUACGAUUGUAGUUUCGUCGGGUCUUACUGGAGAAUGCUGGCUGUAUCGCCAGCUUCCGCCCAGACCAGGAGCCAGCAUUGGCUUUGGCUGCGCUGCGAAAUUCUGGACGAGCAUCCAGCGCGGUCUAAAAUCCGACGGGAAGGAGGAAAACGAUCGGUCCCGCCUCUCGCCGGCCCCGCCCCGGCAAACGAUGCCGAACACGCCCAUCCUGGCCUUGAACGGCCGGUGGCUUGCGUACUGUCCUCCGACGCAAUCAUCUCAGAUUUCUCUGCGGGCACAUGUACCCGUCCCCUUGAUCGGCAAGGCACCCGGCGUUGCUAAUAUCACCGCCCCGCCAAUUCCGACACCCAACUUGGCUACCGACCUCCCAAUCUCCGAGGGCAUCAUGAAUAAACUGAUGCGAGAAACGACCCAGGACAUCAUCCAAGGGGCAAAGUGGGUUGGCCAGCAAGGGAAACAGGCUUGGAAUGCGUACUGGAACAAGUCGCCCAACCAGCCGCAGAUUGCGGCGCGAUCCCCUCCGGCCCCGCUUCCACCGUGGUCAACCCCUUACCCGCCAAGACAAGAUACCACCCAGUUUCCUCCCACUCACGGAACUACAAGCCUGCCUGCCACCAAGGAUCCCGGCGUCGUCUCCGUUGCCGAUAUCGAAACCCUUGGCGGUUCAUCUUCCAUCCACCCAGUCGCUACGUUCGCCGCACCGUUCGGAUGUAGCUUCCUUUCCUUUUCGCCGACCGGAAUGUCUCUCUUCACCGUGAGCAGCAAGGGAGAUGUGCAAACGGUGUGGGACUUGUCAAGGGUCCAGUGCACCAAGUCGUCCCUGCUCCAGCAACAAGUCCUAGCUGCCCCAAGCGGCGGUGGCCCGAGGGUGAUGCAAAUCGCGCAAUUCUCGAGGAUGACGGUUGCCCGAAUCGUUGAUGUUGCCUGGACGAAGCCGAACGGCGAACGGAUUGCCAUGGUGACAGAACGCGGUACUAUUCAUCUCCUCAACAUGCCCUCAAGCGCUUUUAUCUGGCCCCCGCCUCGUCGGCGACGGGAUCUACCAGAGAGUGCUGCCGCUUCGUCCGAGACCCCUAGCUCGGCCGUCUCGAUCGCGUCUAGUGCCCUUGGUGCCGCGCUGGGAGCUGCCCGGCCCCUGAUGAGUCGUCCGCGAAGGAGCAGCGCGAACUCGGCGGGCUUCACCGGCUCCAACAUUGUCGAUUCCGCGAGUCUAGGUGGAAGGGCGAUUGCCGCUACUAUCAGCAACUCGCUGGGCAAGACUGGGAAUGCGAUCAAUCAGCUGAGACAGACAGGGGAGAAUCGUGUGACUCUCCCACCUAGCCACGUCCUGCCCGCACUUGGUUGUGUGGCGUGGAUUACUCGGAGGAAGCACGGCGGGACCCUGUUCGCUUCGGCCGCCGGCGUCGUUCGCAUGUUCCCUUCCAAGUCGCGCAAGAAUUCAAGCAGGCCCUCUCGGGGAGGAAUGUAUCGCGACUUUAACGUGCCUGGAAUCCCCGAGAAUGUUCUCGCCGAGACGGUGAGACACUUUAUCAACGGGGAUGAUGAGAUGUAUCUCUCCGAUCGGGAUAUGGAUGCCGGCAACACCGUGACGCUGGAUGCUCGGCCUCGCAUCGUGGAGCCCGGCGUCGGAACGGAGUCCGCAAUUCCUCAGGCUGAGAUCGAAUCGAGCGCUCCCUACCAGCCGUUCCACACGGAUAGGCGGGUUUCGCUAUAUGCGUACGGUGAGCGGAACGGACCCACCGCCAUGGAUAUCAAUCUUCUAGCAGAUUUGUCUCUAGAUGACUCCGCCUCGUUGCCACAAAAGAAGAGGAAGGAAAAGAAGAAAGGGAAGAUUUCUUUUGCAGCCGGCGGCAAUGGGUUGGGUGCGCUCAAUUCGGACCCCUGGGCCUUUGGCCAGAGCAUCACCGCGACGAAACUCGACCUAGGCUUGCCGGAUAACAUCGACGAGUCCCUCGUUCUCACGGACGACCAUCGCGCUCUCCCAGCCUCCGCUAUGGAAAGGGUGCUGCAGGUGGGCGCCAAUGAGGAGCAGAUUGUCGUGACGACGCGACGACGCCGCGGAGCUCGUCAUGCCGAACACGAAGAUGAUGGGUUCUUUGAGGAUGAUUGUGAGGUGCUGGAUUUUGCUGACCAGCGGGUCUGA